AUGUCGGAGAAAACUCAAUUCUAUUUUCUGCUCACAGGGACCAAUAGCGGCCUCGGCCUCUCCCUUGCCCACCGGCUACUAGACAACUUCCUAACUACGCACCCGGAAAACCACCACCUGACACUAAUCAUAACCACCCGCUCGCACGGCAAAGGCUCGGCUACUCUCGCACUCCUUAACAACCACCUCCGCACCCGCAAUGUUCCUAACCCGCGUUACACCCUCGCCCACCACUCCGUCGACCUCACCAACCUCGUUUCCGUGCACUCCCUUGCCCAAACCCUACGCAGCACCUACCCACACCUCGAUGCCAUAAUUCUGAAUGCUGGAAUGGGCUCCUUCCUCGGCAUCAACUGGUUGAACUGCUUCAUAUCGCUCGCCAAGAACUGGAUCCAGGCUCUCACGGUGCCCACGUUCAAGAUCCAGGACGUGGGCUGGACGACGGUGCAGGGGGCGCCAUUAAGCGGUGAAGCGAUACCGACGGUGUUCGCGGCGAAUGUGUUUGGGCAUUACUUCCUCGUGCAUGAGGCUAUAGACUUGUUGGCCGGGGGUAACGGGCGGAUUAUUUGGACGUCUUCACUGGAAGCGCAUCCGUGGACGCUUUCCAUUGAUGACUUGCAAGGCGUGCGCGCGAGCCAUUCUUACGAGAGUAGCAAGCGCCUCACGGAUGUUUUGGCGUUGACGUCCGGGUUAGAGUGCACUUCGCCAUUUACCGCUUCAUUUUUUUGCCGGAAGCAAGUUGAUUAUACCGUUGAAACCGAGAAGAAGCAAAAUCAGCAGGUUCCAAAGAUGUACGUCUGCCACCCCGGCAUCUGCGGGACGAGCAUCAUCCCCCUCAACUUCAUACUUUUCAACUGCAUGCUCCUCGCCUUCUACAUUGCGCGCUGGUUCGGCAGCCCCUGGCAUACCAUAUCCACCUACUCCGGCGCGAAUGCCGCCUCCUGGCUGGCCCUCGCGUCGGACGACGAGUUGGAGGGUAUGCAGGCUCAGGAGAUAAAGUGGGGCAGCGCAUGUACCAGAUCUGGUAAGCAGAUGGUGAAAGUUACCCAUGUCGAAGGUGAGGAGAACAGACCCGAGUUUGAGGAGCUCGGUAGAGAGUGCUGGAAGCAAAUGGAAGAGUUGAGGAUGUCGUGGAAGGAGAAACUGGAGAGGGCCACGAAGUAAGCCUUCAGGUCUAUCAUAUUUUUGAGAAGCAGCCCUUCUUGCUUUUUCUGGGUAUCUUGUUUGUUCUUGGGAAAUGGUUUCUACUUGCUUCUUUUUCCUUUGCUCUCUUAAUUCUUUGUCCCAUUGGCAUAAUAGCAAUUUUUUCUUCUUCCUUUUUCUUUCUUCCCGACAGAAAUGACAUUUUGUAAUGAGCAAUAGCCGGAUCCUGUGAA